AGAUCUUUCGCACCUUUCUCUCACGGUGACGCAGAUGCUUCCCUUGCAGAGUUGUGCGCUCAGACGCCUGACCAGGAUCAUCCACUCCAACGACAUUCGGUGCGCCUCGUCAGCAGCUCUAUCCAUCACCGAGGCCGCACGAGAGCACUCUGCCGCACCAGGCCCUCCCCAUGCCUACGAUGCAACACCCGCGCCAGCCACGCAAGCCCCUUCCCCCGCUCCCAUUUCCCCCUCCCUGAGUGACGCUGGUGCUGUGACCGUGGUGCACAUGGCAGGGCGGCUGGCGUCGUCAACUACAGAUGAGUCCAGCACUCAGCUGUCGGCCCACGAGAUCAUCGACAGGUGGAAGGCGCUCUCAGCCCGAGCCGUUGCACUCAUCGACCGGGGCGCACCGCUGCACGAGCUGACCUUCCUGCUGCUGCAUCUUGCAGAGGCGGACCUCAGCCCAACUCAGCGGAGAGCUCUGGCCUUCCCAUCUCGGUUCAAGGAGGCCCUACUGAAGGGCGAGAAUGACACGGACAGCCUCAGCGAAGACGAGCUCGCCAUUGCAGCCGACUGUCUUCAGCAAUUGCGGCUGACGGACAAGUCCACAGCUCUCUUCUUCUACCGCCGCUUCGGCGCGACUCUCCGGUUCCGCCAGCUGAGCGUGCGAAACCUGGUGCGGCUGUCGCAUGGGAUGCGUCAGUUUCGGUUCUUGUACCCUGUGAAGCGGCAAUUCGUGGAGAAGCUGAUGCGUGUGCUGCUCAAGAGGCGGGGCGAGCUGCAGGAGAGCCAGCUGCUGGUGGAUGGGCUGCUGGCGGUCGGGAGGAUGACCAAAGUCAACCCUGCUACAUGUGGAAAGAUACAGGUGAGAAAGAAACGACAAGAGAGAAAUGGCAGCUAGUCGAAAGGUCUCUCGUCCUGGUCGUCACAUCCAGGAGCUGUUGGCUUCCCACGUGCCCCGCAUGGUGAUCGAGGAGCUGGCUCUCGUGCCGUCCGUCACGGCCGCCCUCGACCUCACAGACGAGGAGUUCUUCACCACGUACACCAACCACCUCGUCCAAUCGUUGCCCAUCCUCUCGUCGCGCGAGCUGCUUCUCGUCUUCCGAGGCCUCCUUCACUCUCGCGUCGGCCCGGCAGGCACCCGCCGGGCAGGGCUGCCCGCAUUCCUGCAAGACGUCUUGUCGCCCCGGCUGUCCAGGCUAAGUGGGGCUGUGUUGGUCCGCCUGGCAGUGGUGUGCAGUCGGCUGGCGUGGUCACACCCCGGGCAGCGACAGCUCUGCCGCAGCGAUCAGGCCAUCAGGGAGGGGCUGAGUGUGUUCGUGUCGCGGCUGUUCGAGCGGAUGGGGGCCAUCCUGAAUGUCAUUAGCGGCCGGCAGCUGGUGAUGGUGGCCAACGCUGCCGCCCACCUGGACGAGUAUUGGACGAGGGAUGCCGCAAAGAGGCGGCACUUUCUGGAGGCGCUUUACCGGGAGAUUGCGUGUCAGCUGCGGCUGGUGGUCCUCCCCAAUCGGCAGAUGGAGCCGACAGCAGCAGAAGGAGGGGGAGUGAUGACCGUCUACACGUCCCACGACCUCGCCGUCCUGCUGCGGGCCUUCUCCUUCUCAAUGCAUGCCCUUAUCGGCUCACCAGAUGAGGGCCAGAAGGCUCUCACGGCCUGCCAGGACUUCCUGACAGGAUUGUUCAAGAAGGUCUGGGAGUUCCGUCGCACCAGUGUGGAGAGCUUUCACGAGGAGGAUCUCGAUGUGUUGGUUGCGUCGGCUUCACGCAUCGUCCGGUGUGCUGCCGCAGCUGUGGAAGCUGACGACAGCCUCCUGGGCGAUCCGGCAUCGAAUUUGGCAAAAGGUUCGACGCUGGAGCAGCCAUGUGUGGAGCCAGCCGUGGACUUCCUGAUGCAGCUUGAAGCUGAGAGGGAGAUUCCCAGACAGUGUGCACCGGAUGCUCUCCUUGCAAUGGUGAGUGAAGAGACUCACAGACCGACCGUAUCUGUGAUGACGUUUUGUGUGCGUUGUGCUGUGUUUGUAGGUGACCCUUUUGUGUGUGCGGCCCUCUCAUCUGAGUCGCCUCUCCCCAACGGUGGCCUCGCUGAUGCACACCAGCAUGCAGCAAGAGGCCAGACCAGACGAAGAAGGGGAGGAAGAUUCACCGCAGGAACUGUCCAAUGAUGUCAGCUCUCUCGUCCCUCUGCGCGUCUGCCUCGUCGCUCAUACCAUCAUGGACAGAGCCGAGCUGCCGGAGAGACCACCUAGCCCGCCAAGCGAGAGGAAUGCGCGUCGCCCACCGGUGGAUGGUAAGGCCAUUGUCGAUGCCAUCUUGGAUCGGCGGAGGGUGCUGCGCCCGGCUGACUUCGCAUUCUGGGGCCAGGGGCGAUUUGUGUCUGUGCUGAGGGGUGGGACAGCUGUCGAGGAGCUGAUGGAGAGGCUGUGGGCGCACAAAGACGACCUGCAGGUGAGUGAGUGGAUGGAAUGAACACGUUCAGCUUUUUAUGGUGUCAAUGAUGCGCUGCGUGAAUAUGCUUGUGUGUGUGUGUGUUCAGGAUGACGUGACUCGCGAGGCGCUGAUGGACCUGAUGCUGGCACUGAGCAAGGACGAUGCGGAAGGUGCGCAAGAGCUGCCUUGACG